GGAAAAGAUGCGGAACAUCACCGUAACUCUCCCCGAAGGCACACAUAUCUUCAACGACUCCGAAAUCAUCUGCACGCCCGCCAAAUGGAAGGAUAUCGCCAUCUUCUUUCUCGUCAACUACGUGACGCACGCGCUUACGACCGUUGUUCUCCCCGGCGAAGGCUGGGAGUCGUAUCUGACCAACGCACUCGCGUCGCUCAUGUUCCCCGGUUUCGGCGCGUAUCGCGGCUUACGAGCUAUCUUUGUAGGGUGGGCGACGGUGCGCAAGCGGUUUCGUUCCGAAUCAUGGGAGCAUGUUGAUGGCGAAACGAAGCACAUGCAUAAGCACAAAGCGAGAAGGGCCAGGGAUUUACAGAAAGCCAGGAGAGCAGGGGCGCUUUGUAUGAUUGUGAGGUCCAGUGAUUGGGAGCCAAGAGAUGGUGAUGUGAUUGAGAAGAACGUUAUGUUAGUCCAGGGUUCUGCGAGAGAGAGUUUCUUCAACGGCAAAGGGAAGAAGGAAGCCGUGGUCACAGAGCAGGAGAUAGACGAUGACCAGUCGUUGCUUCGGGAUUCGUACUUCGAGAUGCGGAGCAUGUCAGGAGGCACGAGCGCGCCCGGGAUCCAGCUACAUACGUACUCUACGCCGUGGACGUACUGUAGGAAACGCUGCCCGGACUCUGUCGGAUCGCGAACGAUACGAUGCGCGCCCGCGGACCUCUCACCAGGCUAUUCGAUUAUUAUGGUCCCGGCAUGCACUCCCGUUCGCAACCUGAUCGACGAUGCUGCAGUUGAUCGUAUCAAUUCCAACUACGACAUCAUGAGAGGUCUCGUUGCACUCGUACAGGCUCUACUUGCCAUCCAGACUCUUUAUCAGACACGGGGUGAUCAGCUCGAGAAGCUCGGAUAUGCGGCCUUCGGACUGACCGUCGCACCCUACGCAGUCAUGAGUCUGGUCAAUCUCCUCGGUUCGCUCGCAAGGCCCGAUUACGAUGCUGUGUACAUGGUUGGCUCGCCUAUCAUGGCUGAAGAACGCAGGAGAAAAGGUCUGGAUGGAUACUACGACGGUGUAGUCGGCGAAGUAUUUGAGGCAGAUACGGAUCGCAACGAGUCGUUCGCGGACAACAAAGUCGAGGAGGGGUCCCAAUUUGUCAAGAGCCCGGUUAAAUUCGUCACCAUGAACAAAGAUAUGUAUGUUCAGUUCGCGAACUGGGGCAUCGCAGCAUCUCCAUAUCGUCAAGCAUCUGAGGAGACCCUCGUCAAGGUGAUAACAGGUGGCGCGACCCCGGAUUCUGCAGCUCCCAGUCGAUCUCUGUUCGUGCCGAACGCAUCGCCGUUCUCCUACAACCGUGCAAAGAAAGGAGCCAUCAACGAUCCGCUGCCCUCUCCACUCGUCUUAGACACAGCAAAGUGGCCCGGGAAGCUUCUUCCGCGCAGCACACGGUAUAUCAAGCGCAGUCGCUACUUUGCAUUUGCGCUUUCGCUAUCCCCAGUUAUCAUCAUCUUCGUGCUCUCCAAGUUUCGGUCCGGAAACAGCACGAUUUUGCAGCGGGCCAUCACUAUGCUUUGGUUGGCGUGGGGCAGCGUCAUUGGGUUUCUUGUGGCCAAGUACGAGAAGAAGGACACUAUUGGGGAGAAGGUGGACGGUGUUACGAGGGUGCGCAGCGUGCUGGUAAAGGCUGUGUUCUUCCUGGUUUUGGGAUGGCCCGCGGUUGCCGGAUGGUGGGUUGUGGCGGAGAUGCUGCUGAAUUAUGGCAAGUGCGUCAAGCUGCCUGGCUAAGGGGGAGA